AUGUGUAAGCGGCGGAAGCAUUUCAGCAUGCUGCUUCUGUUAUUAUUGUUCUGUGAGGAAUCUGCAAUUACCCACCCUAGCCCGGAUAAACGAAACUCCAGUUCCCAUUUAAGCAUCAUGGAGUAUUUGACUAAACAUGAAUCGCACCCUAUCGACUUGUGGCCAGACACACUCCUCCUAGGCCGCCCUGUGUUCCCGCACCUCGACGCUUCACCGCUUCCAGCACUCCAUUCCCCUCCUCCCCCCCCCGCGCACGGCUCGCGCCCGUCUCGCUCUCCCCAAUGCUCCUUCUGCCUCCUCAGCUCUGCAGCACCCCGCGAGGCCGGAACCUCCCGGCCCCUUCCCCCACCCUCAGCUCGCGUGCUUUUGUUCCUACCGCACAAUCGUUCUUCCUUCCCCUCUCCGACAUCCCUUCCCUCCUAUUCCACGCAUCUCCUCCACGCCCGGCCAUGGGCUUUGACCUACACCCCCGACCUCGUGGCCUCUUGCCGCCCCUGCAUGUCCCAACGCUCAAUAAGCCUGACGCUCCACACCCCACCCGGCCUCACCACCUCUCCUCUCGGAUCUCACAGGCGCCACCCUGCGCGCGCUCCUACCUAUUUUUAUGUUUGCUCCCCCGGUCCGGCUAUACCUCAUUCUCUUUAUGUUCCCCUCAUCCUCCCCGCCGCACCGCACCCCCCGUCUCGGCCCACCACCCCCCCCUAUUCGUCAUUUUCUAUAUACACCGCAUUCAACUUGCUCGGCCACCCCACCCCCCCCUCCGUACCUGCCCGCCCCGGUGACAUUAGUGCCAUUUGCUCUCUCGGCGGCCCCCAGGCCACCCCACACAUGUCAUCCCCUUUGCCCCAUUCCCUCCCCGCACAGGCUUCUGACGACUACUCCUCCUCUCUCCCCCCCGUCCCACCUCCUAGCCCGGCGACUCGCCUCGGAACACCCUAUUCGCCGGAUAUCGCCCCGUCACCGCCUCCCCCUAUGACUGGCAGCCCAGCGCUAUCCUCACGACCGAUUCGCGUAUUCCUCACGCGACCUUGUUUCUUUCAACCCUCCCGCUCCGGGCCGCUUCCCCCGCUGCCCAGGGGCCAAGCGCCCGCCCAUUCCCUUACUGUCCCCUUUCCUUCCGGCUAUGGGAUACAGCCGCGCCAGGUUCCCGCCCCUUAUAUUGUUCCCAAGGCAGUAGAUUCCGGUCGCGACGUGUGUGCAAACGCCAGGGCCCCCCCUUUCGAUUCCACCCAACCUUGCCCCAUCACCGCCAACCUGGAGCCCCUCCCUGCCUCCCACGCACUAGUUGGCGGAAAGAUAUUUCGUUACCUAUUUCGCCGCCAUUCUCUGAGGUACCUAUUCUCGGUCGCCUCCGUCCCCCGACCCUCGGACGGGCCCUCUGCCCCCGGCACCUGCGCAGAACGCCGGUACCACCCUUCCACCUUAAUGUUCCGCCUAGCGACGUUACUGGCUGGUCGGGCCCCCGACCCCCGGGUGCCGCCCGAGCAUGCUGCCGCUGUGGUCCUUUAG